GGGUUGCAACAGAUUUUUCCGCCCGCCCACGUCCUUUGCCCCAGGCCAGGGACGGGAUUGCAAGUUUUAAUGCACCCAGCCUCCUUUUGCAACUUAAUUCCCUUGGCCGAAAUCACCCUCCCACUGCUCCUCAACGCAUGCUCGCGGGCAUGCAGUUGUUGUCCCUGUUGGCAAAGUUUGAAGAGGGGUCCCUACCCCUGCACCCCUCCGCCCCGCCCCCCUCACACACACCCCCCAGAACCCCGGGGCGUGCAAGGCUCGCGGCUGCUGGGAAACGCCCGCUGCAAUCCCCUUGACCCUGCCCUGUAACUGACCCUUGGGGAAAAGCCCCCCGCACGGCUACUGCGCAUGCUCUGAGCUGGACAGCUCCAGAGAGGGAAAUUUAAAAACGGUUCGAGCUGCGACGGCGGCCAAAUUGCGGAACGCGAGGGGCGAGCGCGAGGGAGCCCCCCUCCGGAACCCCUGCCCGCCCCCGGAGUGCCGGCAGCGGCGGCCCCGCGAGGAUCGGCUCCAGGAGAUGAUAGAAAGUGACAUCUCAUCCAUAAUGUCAGGAAUUAUUCGAAACUCAGGGCAAAAUCACCACCCCUCUCCACAGGAAUACAGGCUUCUAGCCACCACCAGCGAUGACGACCUCCCCGGGGACCUGCAGUCGCUGUCGUGGCUCACGGCGGUGGAUGUGCCUCGGCUGCAGCAGAUGGCAAGUGGCCGCGUGGACCUGGGUGGCCCCUGCGUGCCACAUCCACACCCAGGUGCCUUGGCUGGGGCGGCCGACCUGCAUGUGGGAGCCACUCCAAGUCCCCUUCUCCAUGGCCCAGCAGGCAUGGCCCCCGGAGGCAUGCCAGGUCUGGGCCCCAUAACUGGUCAUGGAGACAGCAUGAGCCAGUUCCCCGUGGGGGGCCAGUCCUCAUCUGGCCUGCAAGACCCGCCGCAUCUGUACUCACCUGCCACCCAACCACAGUUCCCGCUCCCCCCGGGUGCCCAGCAGUGCCCUCCUGUGGGCCUCUAUGGCCCCCCAUUUGGGGUACGGCCCCCCUACCCCCAGCCCCACAUGGCUGUGCAUUCGUCUCAGGAACUGCACCCCAAACACUACCCCAAGCCCAUCUACUCGUACAGCUGUCUGAUCGCCAUGGCCCUGAAGAACAGCAAGACGGGCAGCCUGCCUGUGAGUGAGAUCUACAGCUUCAUGAAGGAGCACUUCCCCUACUUCAAGACGGCUCCCGACGGGUGGAAGAACUCAGUGCGGCACAACCUGUCUCUGAACAAGUGCUUCGAGAAGGUGGAGAACAAGAUGAGCGGCUCCUCCCGCAAGGGCUGCCUGUGGGCUCUGAACCUGGCCCGCAUUGACAAGAUGGAGGAGGAGAUGCACAAGUGGAAGAGGAAGGACCUGGCUGCCAUCCACCGGAGCAUGGCCAACCCUGAGGAGUUGGACAAGCUGAUCUCCGACCGGCCUGAAAGCUGCCGGCGCCCCGGCAAACCGGGGGAACCAGAGGCCCCUGUGCUGACUCACGCCACCACAGUGGCCGUGGCACAUGGCUGCCUGGCUGUCUCCCAGCUCCCACCCCAGCCACUGAUGACCCUGUCCCUGCAGUCAGUCCCCCUGCACCACCAGGUCCAGCCCCGGGCACAUCUUGCUCCAGACUCUCCAGCACCAGCCCAGACCCCGCCGCUACAUGCCCUGCCGGACCUCAGCCCCAGUCCGCUCCCCCACCCUGCCAUGGGAAGGGCUCCUGUAGACUUCAUCAACAUCAGCACCGACAUGAACACUGAGGUGGAUGCCCUUGACCCGAGCAUCAUGGACUUCGCGCUGCAGGGGAACCUGUGGGAGGAGAUGAAGGAUGAGGGAUUCAGCCUGGACACGCUGGGCGCCUUCGGAGACUCCCCACUUGGCUGUGACCUGGGGGCCUCAGGCCUGACCCCCGCCUCGGGUGGCAGCGACCAGUCCUUCCCCGACUUGCAGGUGACGGGUCUCUACACAGCGUACUCCACUCCGGACAGUGUGGCCGCCUCAGGCACCAGCUCCUCCUCCCAGUACCUGGGUGCACAGGGGAACAAGCCCAUAGCCCUGCUUUGAGCUGUCAGCCUCACCUGCCCCGGAACCCCGGCACCCGGCUUGGACAGAGAACUGACUGGAUCAGGGUGUUCCCAGAAGGCAGGUCCCUCAUGGUCCCCGAAGCCUCUCCUGAACCUGUGGCGAAAUUGCUGGCUGGACAGGGAAGCGGUUCCCCUCAGCAGCCCGUCUCUUCCUCGUGCCCCCCACUGGAGUUUCCGGGACAGUUUCUGGGGGCUCUUCCAAGUCAGAAGGAUGGAGGAGGGCGGACAAGCAACCCAGCGUCCCCCGACUCCUUGACACUCCUCCAAGGCCUGAGCUGCAACGCCUGGCCAUGUUGAGUGACACUUCUCCAUCCUGGAUCCUGGCUGGGUGACCUCAAUGACCUGCACCCCAUUUUGGGACACCUUUGUGCAUUGAGGAGACACCCUGGGGUGAAAGCCCUUGAAUUCAUCCUCAUGGGAAAUGGCUGAGUGGGUCAAACCUCAGCCGCAGCCUCCAGGGGCCAGGCCCAGAGCAGGAAAUGGAGCCAGAGAACCUUGAGCCUCUCUCUCGUGGAUAGGACAAGCCGAACUCUGAAAUGGGAGCCAGUCCAGGUGGCCUUCAGCCCCACCUUUCCGAUAGUCUAUUAGAAUUUUAUUAGAGCAGAUUCCUGGGCCAUGCCGGGCACCGUGACCAGGUGUAAAUUUAUUUAUAUUUAUUGUGGCCCAUCCACCCCACUUCUUUAAACCCAGCCCGAGGCCUCUGGAAUGAGACUCCUCCUCCCUCCCUACCUCCCAGCCAUCCUAACUCCUACAGGCCAGAGAAUGACAUCUCUAACUGGCUCUAUUCCCUUGGCAGCCUGGGGCUACUUCUUAGAACCAGCAAGCACUGUUGAUACUGUGAACCAUCCUAUUUUUUCCAUAUUAGAGACCAGAUAUUUUUCUA